AUGACCGUUCUUGCUCCGGCAGCACCUACUGCGUACCUUCCUCCUAUCGGCAGGGUCCAGUACCACACUCUCGCCGAGCUCUCCAAAGCUCUUCGCUAUCUGCGCCUCAUCUACAACCCCGAGGUACGGGGCACCCGCCGUAUAAACCGCAAACAGACGUCCAAAGGUUCCGCGUCAUGCACCAGCACAUUUCCUUCAUACACCACCGAGCCUAACACAGAACUCGAUGCCCUCCGCGCGGACACAUUCGAGCGUGCGUAUGCAAUUCGCUGGUUGACUGCCUUCGUCGCACAGGCGUAUGCUAGGUCCGCGGAAGAUCCCGAUGGCGAGGCUACUGCAGGAUUCAAUGCACUCAUCCAUGAUGCAGCUUCGCUACUCGCAAUCUGCGCUGGAACCGCCUCCGCCGGGACGCUCACCCGCAUGUUCCGCUUCCCGACUGCGUGGGGCUCUGCAGGUACGCAGAUUGAGGUGCAGGUCACGGACAUUCCCCUAGAGAAUCAGGACUACGGCAGCGUCGGUGCGCAGACGUGGGGUAGUGCGUGUAUCCUCGCCGAGGCGCUUGCAGAGGACCCGGGCCAGUUCGAGUUGGAGGGGCAUGGCGGGGGGCUGCGUGUGUUAGAGCUGGGUGCAGGAACGGGUCUCGUAAGCUUGGUGCUGGCGAAAUUACUGGGGACACGGGCGGAUGCGUCGGGAGCCUCGGUGGUAGCAACGGAUUUCCAUCCCUCCAUCUUGGCGAACCUGCGGAAUAAUGUCGCCGCGAAUUCUUCCAGUUCUUCGUCUCCCGUCUCUAUCGACGUUCAUUUUCUCGACUGGGCGCAAUUUUCCCCUUCUGGGAGCGAGGCUAGACUGGCUUCAUCCCUGCCGGUUCUGAAAGCACCCUUCAACGAGCCGUUCGACCUCAUUCUUGGCGCGGAUAUUAUUUAUGAACCGGAACAUGCGCAGUGGAUCAAGAACUGUGUCGAAGCAUUGCUACGACGACCCGACACUACUUCAGGGCCUCGCGCGCGUUUUGAUCUCGUAAUACCUCUCCGACCUACUCACGUCCUGGAAUGCAACGCCAUUGAGGAGAUCUUCCCGUCGGCGGAUACGGUGCGCAAGCAAGAAUCUUUAAGCAUAUCACCCGUACUGGCAAUCGUGGAAAAGGAAACAAUCCUCUGUGAGGCGAGUCGUGACGUCCAGUCUCGGUAUAGCGCAACUGAGGAAGUUGAGUAUGUUCAUUAUACUAUUGGAUGGUGCCUGUGA